AUGGCGCCAUCGACCGUGAAGCAGUGGACUAUUACCAGCACUGAGAAGGGCUUCGAUGGCCUCGAGUUUGGUGAGGCACAGUUGCCCAAGGUGGGCGAGAACGAUGUCGUGGUAAAGAUCCAAGGAGCCUCGCUCAACUACCGUGACCUCAUCAUCCCCAAGGGCAUGUAUCCCUUCCCUGCCAGUCCCCCGAUUGCAGCCCUGUCGGACGGCGCCGGUGAGGUCGUCGAAGUCGGAGGCCGUGUCAGCCGAUUCAAGCCCGGCGACAAGGUCGUGACGCUCUUCAACCAGGGCCACCAGUUCGGCGCCGUGGACAUCCCCGCUACAGUGACUGGCCUCGGCGGUGCCGUGGACGGCACGCUGCGACAGUACGCCGUCUUCAACGAGACCGGCCUCUCCCGCGCUCCCGAAAACCUGAACGCCCUCGAGACAGCGACCCUCACAUGCGCCGGCCUCACUGCGUGGAACGCGUUGUACGGCCUCAAGCCCGUCCUCCCCGGCCAGUGGGUCCUCGUGCAGGGCACCGGUGGCGUCAGCAUCUUCGCCCUGCAGUUCGCCAAGGCCGCCGGCGCGAAGGUCAUCGCCACCUCGUCCUCCGCCGACAAGCUCGAGACCCUGAAGAAGCUGGGCGCCGACCACGUCAUCAACUACAAGGAGGACACGAACUGGGGCACCACCGCCAAGAAGCUGACAACUGGCGGCGCCGGCGUGGACCACAUCAUUGAGGUCGGUGGCGCCGCGACGCUCGAGCAGAGCGUGCAGGCUAUCAAGUUCGAGGGUAUCAUCUCCAUUAUCGGCUUCCUGGGCGGCGUGAAGGCGACGACGUCUGCUCUCGACGCGCUGAGCCACAUCUGCACAUUCCGAGGCGUCUACGUUGGAAGCCGACAGCAGCUGGAGGCCAUGGUCGCGGCCGUCGAGGCCAACGACAUCCACCCUGUCCUCGACAAGCAGGUGUUCACCCUGGAGCAGGCCAAGGAGGCAUAUGAGUAUAUGUGGGCCCAGAAGCACUUCGGCAAGGUUGCGAUCAAGGUGGAAUAG